GUGUUUUCAGCUGUAAUUCGUAACGCACUUUGUGACCUCUCCCUCCCCCAGGGCUCUGUGAUCCUGACCUACGCCGAUGAUCUUCUGAUAUCCGCUGAGUCCCCAGAAAUCUGCCAAGCCGCAUCAUUGCACCUGCUCCAACAUCUGGCAAAAAAGGGUUUCAAGGUUUCCAGAACCAAGCUCCAGUUCUGCAAAGACACUGUUAAGUAUCUGGGCUUUGAACUUUCACAAGGUUGUCGUAAGCUGUCAGCUGAUCGGGUGCAGGCGAUUCUAGACACGAAACGUCCUGCCACUAAGCAUGCCCUCAUGUCUUUUCUGGGUCUUAUCAAUUACUGCAGACAAUGGAUCCCUGACUGCUCCUCCUAUGACAAGAUUCUCCGUGCUGCAAUCUCUCCUCAAGACCCACAGCGACAUCCUUUGACCUGGACUGACACUAUGAUUAACGCUUAUCACUCCCUCAAAAGCGCUCUCUGCUCCGCCCCAGCUCUGGGUUUACCUGACUACUCCAAGCCCUUUCAUCUCUACUCCUGUGAACAACAAGGUACGGCGUCUGGUGUUUUGGCUCAGGAGCAUGGAGGGGGGAUUCGUCCGUGUGCGUUCUUAUCUAAAACAUUAGACACUGUUGCUCAAGGCUUGCCUGCGUGUCUAAGAGCUGUCGCCGCCUGUGCUAUGAUGGUUUCAGAUGCAGAGAAAUUGGUUUUGUCUCACCCACUGAUCUUGCACUCGUCACAUCAAGUUAAACAGGUAUUGCAAAAUUUGCAGACUCAACAUAUGACUGCACAGCGACGCUCCGGAUAUGAAACCAUUCUCCUUUCUACUGAUAAUCUCGAAAUUCGAACCGCAUCCUCUAAUACUGUAGGUCACGCUCUCGCACGCCUUCUUAACUCUCAGGACGACACCUUAGAGGACACUGAUCAUGACUGUCUAUCUGAAAUCUUGCAUACUACCAGUAUCAGGCCUGAUCUUUCCUCCAGCCCUCUGGAGACUGGGGAAGUAAUCUUUGUUGAUGGCUCUUGUUCUAAACCUUCAGAUAAUGUUUUUCUCUGUGGCUAUUCUGUGUGUUCCCUGCCUGACAUUGUACACGAGGCCUAUGCUCUCCCGUUCUCUUCCGCUCAGGCAGCCGAAUUGUAUGCACUAAUGCGUGCCUGUAUUUUGUUUCAGGGCAAGGACGUCACUAUCUACACAGACUCUCGUUAUGCCUUUGGGGUGGCUCAUGAUUUUGGGAAGAUUUGGCAGUCACGGGGCUUCCACGCAGCAGAUGGGAAGCCCAUUUCACACUCAACCUUAGUACAAAAUCUUAUUGAUUCUUGUCAUCUCCCUAGGUCACUCGCUAUAGUCAAGACUAAAGCGCAUGCCUCGGGAAACACCCCUGAACGCAUGGGUAACUCUCUUGCUGAUCGUAUGGCGAAAUUUGCUGCUGCUUCUGGUGUCAUGUCUCCUGGUCUAGACUCUUCAUCAUGUAAUACAUCUUGUCUUGCUAGUAGUUUGAUCCCAGAUUUAGACCUUAUCUCUUUACAGGCUUCGGCUUCUCCAAAUGAUUCUGCCUUUUGGCAGCUACAAGAUGCUUAUGUCGCCUCUGAUGGCCUAUGGUACAGCCAAGAUGGCCGUCUUUGCCUUCCAUCACAUUGCCUUCCUUUCCUUGUGCGUGAAUUUCAUGGCGUAACACACCGUGCACGAAGGGGGGUAAAGGGGGACAUGAACAAACUUUUCUGUAUAGCUAAUCUAAACAGUUUGGUGGAUUCAAUUCUCGAGAGAUGCCUCAUCUGCGCACAGAACAAUCACUCCAAAGCAGUCGCGAAACACGAGUGUUUACCCAUACCGACAUCUCCAUUCUCAGAAUGGCAAAUUGACUUCACACACAUGCCUCCCUGUGGGCCGUUUAAAUAUCUCUUGGUGAUUGUGGACAAAUUUUCUAAAUGGGUAGAAGCCUUUCCGUGUUCUAGAGAGAAUGCAAAGGUAGUGACUCGUACGUUGGCAAAAGAAAUAAUACCUCGUUAUGGGGUUCCAGAUGCCAUAGACUCAGACAAAGGUACCCCUUUCGCCUCAAAGGUCACACAAGAUCUGUGUAAGUAUCUUUCACUAAACUGGCGCUUUCACAUUCCAUACCAUCCUCAAUCUUCUGGUAUCGUAGAGCGUACUAAUCGAACAUUGAAAGACAAACUAACUAAGGCUAUGCAGACCACGGGUUCCAGAAAUUGGGUAGACCUAUUGCCAGCCACACUGGCCGAAAUUCGCAUGACAUCGAAGCCUAGUCUCGGCGGCUAUUCCCCCUACGAGAUCAUUUUUGGGCGACCGUUCCCUGUCCCCUGGAGAAAAGGGACUCCGGCUCUGGGUACCUCUGAUUUGAAGACACAUAUGGAUGAGUAUUCUGCAGCCCUUAUCGAUAAAUUGCAUGAAAUUUGUAAUAAGGUCAAUAGUACAAUAUCACUUCCACCAUCGGCAAACACACACCCCUUCCAAGUGGGAGAUAAGGUGCUGGUGCAAUUUUUUAAACGAUUUGGACAAUUGGGAAAACCUCGAUAUAGUGAGCCUGCAGAAAUAGUCGCCAUUACUCGUACUGCUGUUUUAACUGACCUUUUUCCACAGUGGAUUCAUGCCACCCGACUGAAGAAGGCUCCGUAAUAAAGUUGUGUUACAAUCAGUUGCUAUUAACGCUUUUUGUGUCCCUAUCUAGUCUCUUUCUCUCUCUCUCUCUUUCUCUCUCCCUUUCUCUGUGCUAUAGAAUUGACCUGUGUGCAAACGCUGACUGAGUUGUGCAGCCCGGCUGACUGAGAAUCCGUUACUGCCCGUGAGACGUUGUGAACAAAGGGGGGAAGAGAUCUU